UCACGUGAUAAAGCCUACGAAUCCCCACUAGGCUCAAAUUGAAUUGAACCAUAAGUCCUGAGCCGAGGACAAAAACCUUUAGUCAUCUUUAUCAUCGGAAAUGAGAGUUUUAAUCGGCGGCGGGUCAGGGUUCGUCGGCCGUGAACUUACUAAACUCCUAAAGGUCAAAGGUCAUGAGGUCACCAUUAUAUCACGACAGCCCGGUGUGGGCCGGGUCACGUGGACUGAACUGGAGUCACUUGGACUUCCUGAGUGUGACGCUGUAGUGAAUCUUGCAGGACAAAACAUCUCAUACCCUCUGAGACGGUGGAGUGAGAACUACAGGGCUGCUGUGUUUAACAGUCGAAUUAACACCACCAGGACUUUAACUCGCUCCAUCACCUCCUCCCCCACUCCACCACAGUCCUGGAUCCUCAUCACUGGACUUGCAUGUUACAAAGCGAAUGUAGAGACUCUGUACACAGAGGACAGUGCGUGGACAACCUUUGACCUUUGGUCUCAGCUGGUGAAGGAGUGGGAGGAAGCAGGACGACUUCCUGACAACGCUGAAAAAAACACUAACCAAGUAGUCAUCAGAUCAGGUGUGGUGCUUGGGCGAGGCGGCGGUGCGAUAAAGCAGAUGCUGACUCCGUUCUGGCUCGGUUUAGGAGGAACAUUAGGUUCAGGAGCUCAGCCCUUUCCUUGGAUUCACGUGUCAGAUUUGGCAGGGAUUAUCGCUCACUCCCUCGAACCGUCCCGUGUUCCCACCUCUCCUCAACCAGAGGUGUUUAACGGAGUCGCUCCGGCUCUCAACACUAACCGGGAGUUUACGCAGGAGCUGGGUCGACUCCUGAAACGCCCCACGCUACUUCCUGUUCCCGAGCUCUUGCUGAGAGCCGUUCUGGGUCGCGAGAGAGCCGCCAUACUGACCCAGGGCCAGAGAGUCGUUCCGAAGAGAACUCUGGAGUCAGGAUAUCGGUUCCAGUAUCCAGAUUUAACCUCAGCACUGCAACAGAUUCUCACGUGCUGAUCAACAGUUCCAAAAACAGCUUGACUGAACAUGUGCUGUCUGAAUUGUUAACCUGCUAGCUGAUUGAUGACUAGCUUGUUUGCUAAUGAGCUAGCAUGCUAAUUUGUUAUUGUGUAAAAGUUUAGAACAUAUUUGGUAAGAUAUGGGGUUGUUAACUAGUCUGUGAACUAGUUAGCUUGUUAAGUCAUUAAUAAAUCAAAAAUUUCUGUCAAGUUCAAAUAAAGAUCUGCAAUAAGAUCUAAUAACAGUAAAAUGUUCAGUGUUCAGGUUUUAGGAAGGUCGAGUGUUUCGCUAAACUGUUAGCCACCUGCUACAUGAGCAUGCUAACGAGCUCACAUAGUCGAAGAGUGAGGUCAUGAAGCAAUAAAAUCAAAACACACAACAUUCCUGAAAUACUAAGAAUUUUAUUGACGUUUAUUGUUUAUAAAGUUCAUGAAUAGUGCAGCAAAGCUUUCUGGGUAAAAUAUGAAUCUUGGCUCAUUUACAGCUCAGUGUGAGAAUCUCAAAUUGUGUCCAUCAUGUAGCAGCAUUUCGAUUUAUUAGUUCCUUUUCAGUAUAACUGGAACCUUCUAUCACCUCCACUACAGACCAUGAGGAACCCAUUAGGAACCAGUGGAACCAUCAGUGAAUGGAUAAGUUUCAAGUCCCACUUUCUCCCUUUUCACCCCUCUGUGUGAUUCUCCAUCUGGAUGACUGGCAGUCGGUCGCCCCAGUCACUGCUCCGAGUGCAGCGGUACGAGUCUCUGUAAACACACACAUUGUUAGCUCAAAUAUGAGAGUCAGAGAGAGUGUGUGUGAAAAUGAGAGUGGUGGUAUAAUUAGAACCCUACGGUGUGACAUGCUCUGCCCUGUACCUCCCAUGAUGCCUUGCGGUAAUAGCAAGCUGUUGGAGUUCUCCGUUAGAGCAGCAGAUUUCACACUGCACAUGUCUCGAUCGCCUGAGAACUGGAGAAAUUAAUCUGCUCCACUGCACCAACUCCGACUUCUGCAGCUCGGAUCGGGACAUGAUCAGAAAACUGAACUUCUCCUGAACAAUCUCACUUCUCUGAACACACACACACACACACACACAAAUGAUAAUGUAAUACUAAUAAUAAGUAAUAAUAAUAAUAUAAUAAGCAAUAAUAAUGCUAACCCCGGACACAGGAAGUGGGUAGUACGGCUGCAGGAAGUUGCAGGGUGUGACUGGCUGCUUGAGUAAUUUGGGACAUGGUAGCUGAUGGGUGCACUACACACACACACACAGUGUUAAUCACUUUAAACAUGUUAAACAUGGUGGUGUUUAAAAAGAGGGUGUGAAUGUGACAGACGUACAGGAGCGAACACCAGCGGCCUCCGAACAUCACCACCCACUUUAUCUUCCCUCUGAAUCAGUAUUAAGACACAGUGAUUAGAUACUAAAUUAGGAACUAGAAGAAGAAGAAGAAGUUGAUGAUGAUGAUGAUGAAGAUGAAAGGCAUAUAGCAGUAAAAUAAAGAGUUAAAUCAGAUGAGUACUAAACACAAAUCUCAUCUUUUACUCAUGUUCCAUCUUUUUUUUUAGAAUAACUCAUGUUUAGCAUUUUGAUUAAUUUACCAAAGACCAACUAGACAGAUGUAAAUUGUUGGAGUGUUGAUGUGACAGAUGUAUGAAUGAUGAUGUACUUUCAGUAAAAUAUCUUUGGCUUCCAUUA